AUGACGUCAGCAUCCUUCAGAGCCUCCCCUGGUGUUAGGAGCCAGGCAGCAAAGUGCAGACGGGGAAGGAAGAGCAUCGAUCAAAACAACAGCAACCCAUAUUUAAACACUGGCCCAUGGGUGUAGUGGCCGGACAGUGAGGCCGGAGGUUCUGCUGGAAGCUGCGUGGGGUCGCAGCCGCCUUUUUCUUACGUAGGUCAUCGAAGUUGUUGAAGUUUACAGCAGACCUCGCUAACUUUAGCACCGGGACUGUUUCUGCCUCUGAGUCGGCUCCAAAUCCACUCAAGCUGUCGAGAUGGUGUCUUGGAUGAUUUCGAGAAGUGUCGUGCUGCUGUUUGGGACUCUGUAUCCUGCAUACUACUCCUACAAAGCUGUGAAGACCAAAAACGUCAAGGAAUAUGUGCGGUGGAUGAUGUACUGGAUCGUGUUUGCCCUCUACACUGUUGUGGAGACCAUCACUGACCUGACAGUGGCGUGGUUUCCGCUCUAUUAUGAGCUGAAGAUAGCGUUUGUGAUUUGGCUGCUGUCCCCGUACACCAGAGGAGCGAGUCUGAUCUACAGGAAGUGCCUGCACCCUCUGCUGUCCUCCAGAGAACGGGAAAUCGAUGACUACAUUGUGCAGGCCAAAGAAAGGAGCUAUGAGACCAUGGUGAACUUUGGCAAGCAGGGGCUGAGCAUCGCCGCCACCGCUGCCGUCACCGCAGCCGUCAGGGGUCAGGGCGCCAUCACUGAAAAGCUGCGCAGCCUGAGCAUGCACGACCUGUCUCAGAUCGGCCAGCAGGACGAGGGAGGAAACCAGCUGUUCCAGUACAGCUCCCGCUCCGCCAACCCCGCCGCCAGGAGAGCGCAGAGCUCUGAGCACGCCGCUGAUGAGAACUAUUACGAUGAAGAGGACAGAUCCGACGAAGAGGCCGAGCCGACCUUCUCUGAAGACGAGGCCGUGAGUCAGAAGGGCCUGAGGCGAUCGCAGAGCGUCAAGAUGACGCGCUCCAGAGCGCGGAAAGACGCUCGCUACGGCUCCCUGAAGAUCAAGGGCAAGAAGAGGCCGGCUCUGAGCGCCGUGAACUACAGCACCAUGAGGGACACGCCCAGCUGAGCGCAAGCAGCAGCUGAUUGGAGGACGGCCCCGCCUCCUCGCUCUGAUGGAGGCAUCCCCAUCACCCUGCUCAUCCAAAACCAGCAGCUCAGAGACGACCUCUGACCUUUGUGGAAGUGUACCGUGUACAUAAGGUGUUUUUUAUCGGUGUGAUCUUUUUUGGUUCUUGUCUUGUAUUUGUUGUCGUCUGAGGAUCUCAUUGGCUGAACAGAACGGCGUGAAGAGCUGGCGUCUUCUGCUGCUCUUUCACCAUCUAAACUGUCAGCAGUAACGAAAAAAAAAAAAAAAAAAGAAAUUUUUAACCUGCAUUCCUCCAGCAAAUCCCAAAGAGGUUGAAGACGAACCUUCAGACUUUUGUUUUGACAUAAGAAAUGUGCAGAAAGACAGAAGAGCUGCGCUUUUGUUUUUUUUAAACGUCUUUCUUAGAGCUUUUAGCCUUUCUGCAUAGACUCCUCUUUCCAAAGCCGUUCUGCCUUUGCUGCUGGUCAGUGGCUCUCACACCAACCUCCAGGCCGGACCUCGGUGGAGUCGAACACACCCGUCUCUCCUCUGCACCGGCAGCCGAACACUCUCCGAGUCCGCUGAGCUGGAAGACUAAACCAAAGAGGUGUUUGGGGGGGGGGGGGGGGGGGGGGUUACGGUUGCUGUACGGCUCCUCACUUCCACUUCCUGAAUCAUGGAUUGUGAACUCUGGUUGGAUUUUCCUGCUGCAUUUCCUGGGAUCAUUGAAGAUUCCCUUUUUGUUGGAUGAAGUUUCCAUGUCGGCGUGUGAUUUGCACAAACACUCACCGGCGUCUUCAUGAAAGACGCCAUCCGUCUGUCUGUUGGGGAUUUGAACCUGAGACGGCGGUUCUGGCCCGUGAGCUUUUUCCUGUCCACCUUUGCUGUUGCCUCCUUUCAUCUCACCUGAGCUGGCGUUUCUACCUGUUGGAGGCACGUUAACCAUGUUGACAGAGCCGUGGCGUUUUGUGGGCGGCGCAGCGCUGCUGGAGGCGGGGAUUUCUGCAGAGGAAGCCGACCUGCUGGUCUUCCUCCGUUUGUUUUUUAUACUGAGAACUAUAACAAGCUAAGGUUACUCGUGUGAUUCGUGUGCGUUGGUUGCUCUCCUGUGACUGAAACCGAAGCCGGACGCCCCCACCUGAUGCUGGACGCCGGAGUUGUGUGUCAUAAAUGAAAGAUGAGAAAACACGUGUGUCUUGGUUCUUGGCGUUCUGGGAUCUGGACGGGGCGGUUUUGGUGACUGGGCUGGAGUUCUGAACAGAACCAUCAAGAAGGUGUUGAGACUGCGUUUCAUUCUGGUUACAUGUAACUUUGUUGCCUCAUUGUAUGCUCAGUUGGGAGAAAAUAACCUGUUAUGAAAUCAUGUGUAUUGAUCUGAACUGAAACAAUUAUUUAAGUUUGUUGACAUGGCUGCAGUUUGAAUUCACAUGAUUUGACCCCCCCCCCAGCUUUAUUUGUGAGUUUUCUCUGUAAACAUCUCGGCUCACUCCAGACUUUCCAGUUUUUUUUCUCAAUUGUUGGUGACAAAACAAUAAAAAAACGUACAUUUUCAAUUUC